AGUGCAUUCUGACUGAAGCAUUUUCGGAGCAAUUCACGAUCGUUGUUUGGGUUGAUUUGUAUUCGGAAAUUGUGUGUAAGAAGUUUAGCUGUUUAACGUCCUACUAUUGAUUUAUCGAGGAAUAAGAUGUUACAAAAUUUUUCACGAUGCUAAUAAAGUUGCUCACAUGAGAUGGCUCCACAAAAACCCUCAGCAUUGAUUCCACUGCUGAGCAACAACCCUCCAAGGAGGCCUGUGAUAAGCCGGAUUCUCAGGCUGGGAUAGCAAUGUCUUCCAACACCAGUGCGGAAGAGCAACCCCUUCUUCUCAAUAAUAACAUGGGCAAGGGAUUGAGUUGGGAGAACAAGGACCAUCGGGAUCCUGUAACAGACCUGCACAUCCACGUAGAGAGCCUGCAUAAUGGACUCAGUCGCAGGGAAAAGAACGGUGAUAUCCACGGAUCCCAGGAUGGUUCUGUUAAAAUCAAUCUCCCUCCUCCAGAGAGAGAUGAACCAAGAUUUCCUCCAGAGAAGUGGAAAACAUUUCUGGGUUUUAUAUUCUUGGCCUUUAACAUGGCCUGGACUUUGACUGUAUUGGCCAUAGUGCACGAGAGAAUGCCUGAUCGGACUAAAUAUAAACCCCUUCCAGAUAUAUUUUUUGAUGUGUUCCCAGCUGUUGAAAAAGCUUUAGAUGUGUCUGAAGUUAUAAUUAUAAUAUCCGUGUGGUUAACUAUCUUGGUGAUAAUCAUGCACAAACAUAGGUUUAUCAUUUUGCGAAGGUGUUUUGUAAUCAUAGGCCUUCUUUACUUCAUGCGCAGUAUUACAAUGUUCGUAACGCAAGUUCCAGUGGCGAGCACUACAUAUUAUUGCUCUCCUAAAGCCAAUUCUACAAGCCCUCUCCUUAUUGUUACUAGAGUCCUAUAUAUGAUGUCAGGGUUUGGAUUAUCCAUUAAUGGCAAACAUACGUUUUGUGGAGAUUACAUUUAUAGUGGUCACACAGUUGUCCUUACAAUGGCCUAUUUAGUAAUUAGAGAGUAUAGCCCUAAACGCUUCUACAUUCUCCACUGGCUGGUUUGGAUAUCAAGUUGUUCAGGUGUCUUCAUGGUGCUUCUUUCUCGUGGCCAUUAUACUGUGGAUGUUGUAAUUGGCUAUUAUGUAACCACUAGAGUAUUUUGGAUUUAUCAUACAAUGGCUAAUAAUGCUGCUCUUAAAGUACCUGGAAAUAAUAACUACUUGUCAAGAAUUUGGUGGUUCUCAAUCUUCAGCUAUUUUGAAAAGAAUGUUGGUGGGGUUGUGCCUAGGCAGUAUGAGUGGCCUUUGCCUUGGCCCAGGAGAUUUUCAAAACAUACACGAAUAUCCUAGCACAGUUGAAUAUGUGGUCAGCCAGGAUGUCGUAGAUGUUCUCCAGUUGGCCACAUUGCUCUGACAUCAUAUUUAUGAGUGAUCUAUAUUUUCUUUUACAAACAAAUGAGAUCUGAGCGCGUCCUUUGUGCGAGAAUAUAUAUAUAUUAAAACUUUUUCCUUUCCUUUUACAUAUUAUCAGUAAAUAUAAAACUGUUGCAUUAGCAAGCUAUUUUCUCUUGAAGGUUGAUUGCAAAGAAUGUUUGUUCUGUGAGCGACUGAACUGAAUAAAAGAAAUAAACAUUAUCAGUGUUUCACUUCUUAUUAUUGAUUCGAUUGUCACAUUAGGGAUUCUCUAAUUUUUUACUGAAGUACUUUUCACAUUGUAGAACUCAAUUUUAUAUGAACAUUUUAGUCAAAUUAGCAAUUGUUGAGUGAUGCUCAAUUUAUGUUUGUGCUUAAAAUAUUAUUAUUAUUAAUUUUUUUUUUGUCAUA